CUCCCUCCCUCCCUCCCCCCCUCUUUCUCCCCUUACAUCAUGUCCCGUAUGCGAUCCAGCGUCACUCGAGGCUCAGCCUCCGCCAACCUGCCGGCCACCAUCGGCAUUGCGGCGUCCGGCACGGCGGCUGGCCGUGCCUCGGGGGUCGUUAGCGCCGCCGCCUCGGGCCAGGACAACACUCCCCGGUCGCUGGGUCCCAAGCUGAACAAGGACUUUGGCCAGCAUCUGUUGAAGAACCCGCUGGUGGUGAAUGGCAUCAUUGCCAAGGCCGACGUCCGGGCCACGGAUCAUGUCCUGGAGAUUGGUCCGGGUACCGGUAACAUGACGGUCAAGCUGCUGGAGGCGGCCAAGAAGGUGACCGUGGUCGAGGUGGACCCGCGCAUGGCGGCCGAGCUGCGCAAGCGUCUGCAGGGCCACCCUCACGAGCACAAGCUCCACAUCAUCCUCGGCGAUGCCAUGAAGGUGGAGCUGCCUGCCUUCGACGUGUGCGUGGCCAACCUGCCGUACCAGAUUUCGUCCGGCAUUACUUUCAAGUUGCUGCUGCACCGGCCGCAGUUCCGCGUGGCGCUGCUCAUGUACCAGCGAGAGUUCGCCCUGCGCCUGGUGGCCAAGCCCGGCGAUGAGCUGUACUGCCGCCUGAGUGUCAACACCCAGCUCCUGUCGAAGACCACCCACGCGAUGAAGGUUGGCCGCAACAACUUCCGCCCCCCGCCCAAGGUCGAGUCGUCGGUGGUGCGCAUCGAGCCGAUCUGCCCCCCGCCGCCCAUCAACUUCACCGAGUGGGAUGGGCUCCUGCGGAUUGCCUUUGCCCGUAAGAACAAGCUGAUCUCCUCCAACUUCAAGGUGGACUCAGUGCUGGCCAUGCUGGAGGCCAACUACCGGGCAUUUGCCAGUGUGUCGGGGAAAUCCGUCGACGGCCUGGACAAGGAGAAGAUCAAGGAUCUGGUCACCGACAUCAUUGACAAGGCCGGGCUGUCGGAUGCUCGUGCCGGGAAGAUGGACCUCGAUGACUACAUGAAGCUCCUGGUGGCCUUCAACGAGGCGGGGAUCCACUUUGCCUAAAGGCAAGCU